AUGAGGAUGAAGUUUGCAAAUAUACCGAGAAGAGUCUGGGAGCACAAGAAAAAGUCAGCACUUGCAUCUUUCGUUGCUUAUUUCACGGGUUGGAAGACGUACGGCUGGAAGAGAGAUUGUGAUAUACGAGCUGUAUAUGCUCAAGAAGCAAAGAAAUUUGGCGAUGUGCCGUUAGCUUCAGGCGAACGUUUACGACGUGUCACUGUUUUGGUAGAUACGACCUGUGCGGGUGCUUUCGAUAAUUUUAAAAAAAAUGCUUUACCAUUAUUUAAUUUAGCUGGUUUGCAAGUGGAUAUAAUCAAGCCCACUGAUAUUUCUGAAUUCAAAACUAUUGCGGAACACAUUGAUAUAGCGGAAUGUGAUGCUCUAUAUAUUAUUGGUGGCGAUAGUAGUUUAAGUACUGUUCUAAGUGCGGUGUAUCAUCAAAAGAAUGAUUCACCGUUACCUAUUGGUGUUUUCCCGGGUGGUUCUGAGAAUCGAUCGCUAAUUGGUUUGGUUCCUAAUGUAUUUACAAUUCAAAAUGAUAUCCGUCCAUACUGUGAAAGUGCUAUGGCUCUCAUCGAAGAACAGAUUCGACCGAUUUAUCUAUUAAGCAUAAGACUUGAAAACUUAGAGAGCAGCACGAAUGAAGAAAAACAACCAUUUUACGGUAUAUCAGGCUUAUAUGCUGGUUGGUACGAUAGAGUUGAGUCAAACAAAAAUAAACUAUGGUACUGGGGUGGAUUAAAACGCUGGAUUGCUUACAUCACAGCUUAUUUACGAUCUUUGAAGCAAUAUCCAGAAAUAGAGCUUAAUAUGAUUUGUGAAGAAUAUUGCGUCGGUUGCUGUAAAUGUCGACCACAGUCUAUGGUUGAAGAGACAAAACAGCAGAGGAAUAAGCAGUGGUGGCAUUACAUUAUUGGUUCACGUAAUUAUACUAGUGCGAACAAUAUGAAGCCACAAAUGGAUUAUUCAACAAUACAAAACAAGAACUGUGGAAAAACUAAGGAAAUGAAAAUGAAAACAAUCGAUGUAACGUUUGAGAAUACUCAAGAUCAGGCAAGUUUGUUUAAGGCAUGCGGUCUUCGUGUUCGUACUGGAGGUGCUGGACAUAGUAGGAUCAGUUUGUUGAUAGAUGGUUGGACAAGGUGUCAAACAAAGCAGUUGUCUGCAUCUCCCAAUACUGAUUUCUAUCAAAAUGAUCUCUUUGUUAAAUCGGUAGUUUUAACAUUUAGUUCGAAAUUCGAGAAAAAAGAGGCGAAAAGAUUACCGAAGGUUGAUGAAGAAUUGCAUACAAGAACAAUUUUCGAACCAGUUAGUGUAGAAACUCGUCCAGCAAGAACGAAAUCAAAAAUUCGUAGCAAGCUGAAAUGGAAGGAGGAUAUUGAUUUAAAUGAAAAAAUUGAGGAAUGGAAAGAUGCUAAAACUGAAGGAUCAAAAGAUUCUAAAAUUGAAGGAUCGAAAGAUUCUACCACUAAUUCGGCUAGAGCGAUACGUUUGAAUAUAAAGGACACGAAAGAAUUCGACCAGAUAGAGACGAUAGUAGCUAACGAAAAAUUGGGAAAAAGCAAGGAUAGUACUGAUGAGUUGCAGCAAUCAAUUCUAUGGAUAAUUAUUAGGAAAAUUCUAGAAGAAAUACUCAUCUGGCUUAUUGUCAUUAUAAUUCUUAUCAUUAGAAGAUUUCUUUGA